UGCGUCACACAGACAGAGCGGAGUCUGCAGAGCAACACCGACACUCUCCCACCUUUUUUUUUAACCUGUCUGCACAAGAAACCCGAGCUGACCUCUCUACUUCAGUAUGGUGAAGAUCGCUUUUAACUCUGCUUUGGCGCAGAAGGCUCUGGGUAAAGAUGUGCCAGUCGCUGAGAAGGAUCCUGAGCUAGCUUCUGGUCCAGUGGGCACAGAGGGCUCCACAGGUCGUUGCCUGCUCACCCUGCUGGGCAUCGCUUUCAUCCUCAGUGGGCUCAUCGUAGGCGGAGCGUGUCUCUAUCGAUACUUCACCCCAAAGAGGCUGUAUCAUGGAGCGAUGCAGUUCAGCGACGUGUCAGCCGGAGCUGGAAGAGAGAACCAGCCCUACUACCUGCCGCGGGUGGAGGAGGAAGUGGAGAUCUCUGACAGUAUGGCCGUCAUCAGCGUCCCCCCUCCCCGCUUCAGACCCGGAGACCCCGCUUACAUCCUCCAUGACUUCAACAGGAAGCUGACGGCAUAUCUGGAUCUGACUCUGAGGACUUGCUUUGUCAUUCCUCUGAACACCUCGGUGGUUCUCCCCCCUCAAGACCUCAUUGACCUCUUCUCACAGCUGAUGUCGGGCUCAUACCGCAGCUACCUGGUACAUGAGGACCUGGUGGUGACGGAGCGUAUCGACGACAUCAAACCUCUGGGCUUCUACAUCCGCCGGCUGUGUGACGGCAAGGAAACGUACAAAAUGCAACGCCGCGCCAGCCUGCCAGGUGGAGGCAUCCAGAAGCGCGCCGCAGAUGAUUGUUUCACCUUCCACCACUUUGAAAACAAGUUUGUGACGGAGACCCGGAUCUGCAAGGCUUGAUGAGAGAGCCUGUGAGCAAAGGUCGGAAAGAGUGAUAGACAGAGCCAGCAUGACAGACACAGAGAGAUUGUGUGAGAGAGAGAGAGAGAGAGUCGGUGGGAGUAGGAGAAGGAGGGAGCAACUUUUAUGAGAAAGUUACUUUUGUAUAAAACUAACUCUUGUUUUAACUUCUGCUUUUAACCCCCCCCCCCCCCCCCCCCUUCAGUGAUUUGUGAGUUUAAGUUACAGCGCUGUAGCCUAACACCUUUCUCUGCAGUAUUCCCCUCAACCUGCAUACAGUAUGUCAUAGCUCUCUUGCUCAAGUAUUCACUAGCUAGUCUUGUACCAAUAACUUGCAUCAGCCUGUUAACUAAGGACUUACUAAGUUUCAUUUCUUAAGUUAGUUAAUUUUGUUCUGUUACUGUAGCUUCCUGCAGACGGAUCUCAUUGUUGUUACUGUGUUACAAGAUCCAGUCACCUCAAGACCAGAGAGUUGUUAGUCAUUCUACUGAAUAUCCUAGUGAUGCUGAGAAGUCAUUCAUAUCAGACCUGUCUGUGUGUCAGCCUGCUGUUCCCUCGCUUAACAGACGUUAAAGGGGUUUGUAUCCUGCUGACGAAAUAAAGUAUAUGUUAAGUAGGAUAUAGCACAAAUCACCCUGGAAAUGUAUGGUACGUUACAGUAGUGGUAUGUAAAUUGGUUGUUAUUGUCUUUUAUGGAUGAUACCAGAUACACAAGCCCAGAGCUUUCAGUCACCACUUUGUAGAUAUUUCUCAGAGCGUCCUGCUGCUCCCAGAGGCCUCUGCUGUCCCGCUGUGUGAUGAUUUUAUGUAAUUAAUGGUGUCAAACCUGCCGGUGAACAGUCUAGCACCCUAUAUGACCAGUGUUUUUGUGUUUGUGUAGAAACUUCAUAUGUGACAAUAAACAUAAUGGAUGAUCAAUGAAGGAAAAGGAGUGUAUAAGCUAAAGGGAAAUUUCACCAAAUUUGACCUUGAAAAUACUUGUUCUUUCUGCCACAGAUUGUUUUGAAUUCUUAUGAAUGAAUUUGUUAUCCUGUGAUGAAAUUAUCUUUACAGAGAUAUUUAGUUACUGUAGGUUCAGUGUCUACAAGUUUUGCAAAAUCCUUGAUAUUUUAAAUUGUCACAGGGAUAUAUUUGUAAAAAAAAAAAAAGAGAAAAGAAAAACUUCAACAAACCCAUAAAAGACCUUUUUGCUGACUAACCUCAGUCAUUUGUAAUGCUUUCCCACUUGAUGCCUGCACAGAAAGACAAUCAGACAGGAAGUGAGCAUGUAAAACUGUGUUUCUGUCUCAGCUUUUUAACAAAAUACUAGAAGAUUAGUUAAAAAAAUGUUGUGUGCAGCUAUUGAACCGAAUCUCACUUUGUUGUUGAAUAAAAUUGCGUUUCUUUAUCUACUGAA